GCUACGUAGGACGGAAGCUCGGUUGGUGUUUCUCCAGAAGUUCCCCCUUGGGCGGCGGCGGAGCUGGUAACCUCGGCAGGAGCAGCACCAGCAGCGGUAACAGUAACUGUUAGAGAUGGCGGCGGCUGCUGCGGCACCUGCAGCAGCCCAGAGGUUUUUCCGGAGCUUCUCUGAUGCUCUGAUCGACGAGGACCCCCAGGCGGCGUUGGAGGAGCUGACUAAGGCUCUGGAGCAGAAACCAGAUGAUGCACAGUAUUACUGUCAAAGAGCUUAUUGUCACAUUCUUCUUGGGAAUUACCGUGACGCUGUUGCUGAUGCAAAGAAAUCUCUUGAACUUAAUCCAAAUAGUUCCAUUGCUCUGCUGAGAAAGGGGAUAUGUGAAUACCAUGAAAAAAACUAUGCUGCCGCUCUAGAAGCUUUUACAGAAGGACAGAAAUUAGAUAGUACAGAUGCUGAUUUCAUUGUCUGGAUUAAAAGGUGUCAAGAAGCUCAGAAUGGAUCACAGCCUGAGGUGUCUGCAUCCCAGAGGACGUAUCAGUCAAAAAUCAAGUAUGACUGGUAUCAAACAGAAUCUCAAGUAAUCAUUACACUUAUGAUCAAGAAUGUUCAGAAGAAUGAUGUAAAUGUGGAAUUUUCAGAAAAAGAGUUGUCCGCAUUGGUGAAACUUCCUUCUGGAGAGGAUUAUAAUUUGAAGCUGAGACUUCUUCAUCCUAUAAUACCAGAACAGAGCACAUUUAAAGUACUUUCAACAAAGAUUGAAAUUAAAAUGAAAAAGCCAGAGGCUGUGAGAUGGGAAAAGCUAGAGGGGCAAGGAGAGGUGCCUAACCCCAGACGGUUCAUAACAGAUAUAAAGAACCUGUAUCCAUCAUCAUCUCAUUAUACAAGAAAUUGGGAUAAAUUAGUUGGUGAGAUCAAAGAAGAAGAAAAGAAUGAGAAGUUGGAGGGAGAUGCAGCUUUAAACAAAUUAUUUCAGCAGAUCUAUUCAGAUGGUUCUGAUGAAGUGAAACGUGCCAUGAACAAAUCAUUUAUGGAGUCUGGUGGUACAGUUUUGAGUACCAACUGGUCUGAUGUAGGUAAAAGGAAAGUUGAAAUCAAUCCUCCUGAUGAUAUGGAAUGGAAAAAGUACUAAAUAAAUUAAUUUGCUGUCA